AUGAGCUGCGGUUAUAUCCUCUGCACCGUCCUCCUGUCGGUGGCCAUCCUCUUAGCCGUGACGGUGACCGGCGCCAUCCUCUUCAUGAACCACUACCACACGCCCGUGACAGAGUCCCCGCCUCUCAUCAGCACCAACCCCGAUGAAUCCAACGCCUUGGUCACCAUCGAGAAAGCGGACGGUUCCCGCAUCAACAUCUUCAUCGACCGCAACUGUCCGAAUCAGGCCAGCGGCUUCACCCGGCUGGAGGGCCUCCAGACCACCCUCCUGAGGGCGGUGACCGACCACGACGCCGAGACCAAAGCCUCCAAGGGUCAGGAGAGGGCUCUGCUGGUCGGCCUGUCCGACGAGGUGUCCCGGUUGCUGGCUCACGCCUCUCAGCUGAGAACAGACUGCGACGGCUUGAAGAAAGGGCACGUGGCCCUGGGGCAGGAGCUGAGCGCCUUGCAGAAUGAGCAAGGGCACCUCAUCCAGCUGCUGUCGGAAAGUCAGGCGAACAUGGCAAGGCUGGUGAGCUCGGUCAGCGACAUCCUGGACACUCUGCAGAAGGAGCGGAGCGGGAUCCGACCUCGACUUAAGGCCGACCUGCAAAAGGCUCCUGCUCGGGGGGCCCGGCCAAAAGGCUGCUCCAACGGCUCCCGACCUCGGGACUGCUUUGACAUCUACGCAAGUGGACAACAAGAGGACGGGGUCUUUUCCGUCUUCCCGACUCACUACCCGGAAGGCUUCCAGGUCUACUGUGACAUGACGACAGACGGAGGCGGGUGGACGGUCUUCCAGAGGCGCGAGGACGGUUCCGUGAAUUUCUUCCGCGGGUGGGAAGCAUACAGAGACGGAUUUGGGAAGCUGACGGGAGAACACUGGCUAGGGUUGAAGCGGAUCCAUGCCUUGACCACCCAAGCCGGCUAUGAGCUGCGCAUCGACCUCGAGGAUUUUGACAAUGCCACUGCUUUCGCCCAUUACGGCACCUUCUCUGUGGGCUUGUUUUCAGUUGACCCCGAAGAAGAUGGCUACCCAGUCACCGUUGCCGACUAUUCUGGGACAGCAGGAGACUCCUUUUCGAAGCACAACGGCAUGAAGUUCACCACGAAAGACCUGGACAACGACCACUCGGAGAACAACUGCGCCGCCUUCUACCACGGCGCCUGGUGGUACCGCAACUGCCACACCUCCAACCUGAACGGGCAGUACCUGAAGGGCCACCACAGCUCCUACGCGGACGGCAUCGAGUGGUCUUCGUGGACAGGCUGGCAAUAUUCCCUCAAAUUCACGGAGAUGAAGAUUCGGCCUGUCAGAGAUGAAAAUUAGCUAAGUCCCACCACCCGUCCUCGUCUUUCUCCUUCCUUCUUUCCUUCCUACCACCUGCCCCCAAAGCUCAGUGUUGGCUUGUCUGAGUCUGGGGCCACCAGAGCCGAAAAGGCCUCUUCCUGGCAAUGACGUCCUAAUACUUCCAGAAGCUCCUCCUACGCGUACAAUUGUUUUUUUGGAUGAGGCUAGACCCAUUCCCCCAAAUGUCCCCAAAAGAUGCUCUUUUAAGCCAGUUGUUGUCCGCAUAAAACACACACACAUAUACACACAGGGGAACAGAUAAGGAGCCCUCCUAUGUGUUAUGGGGUCUGACUUAAAUCCAUUUUCCCCGACCCUACUGUUUGGUUAUUAUUAUUUUUUACACAACAAGGCACUUUGAUAUCCAAAGACGUUUUCCCGGCAAUGUGAGUGUGUUUAUGUGCGUCAUUUUGAUCCAAGCCUACGUCAGACCGUUUACACCCUACUUUCUGGUAGUAAGAGUCAUGUUAUUAUUUAUAGCGAAACCCUGAUCUCCAGCCAAGGACUCCGCAGAAUAAGCAGUUCCUUGGAGAUGGAAGAAGACCUGAUGUCGGCGCUCAGAAGGCCUCCAGAAUGGCCAUGUUUUGAAACCAUGCCCAGGGCGAAAUUCCUGCAGGGAAAUCACCCAGCACCAAUUAAUAUGAGGCCACUGGCACUAUGUAGUGAAAGCUUGCCUGCAUGUGGGAAAUGUUCUGGGCGUUACAAAGGUGGGUGUCUUAAAAAGGACACGGGAAGAAGAAUGGGAUGACCAGACCGAAGACAAGAGAUCUUCGAGAGAAACCAAUAUGACAGUCUUGGGCUACCAUUACAAGAGGAAAAUGUAUCUUAUGAGCUUGUGAGUCUUCUCCCAGAUGAACUGCCCCACAUAUGUGGAUCCACCUAGAGAAGACAGGAAUGGUGAUACUCCGUGAUGCAAUGUUUUUAAAAAAUAAGACUGUGGCUACCACCAAGCCGUUGGUCCCAGGGCAGAGUCAAUCCACGCCGAUGAAUUCGGUAAAAUCCCAAACCUACUUCCCUUCCAAAAAAAAUCCUCCUACUAUCUCACAUUUCCACAGCUAGUUCAGCCAUGAUGAAAAUCCACCUCUGCUCCAGUGGUUGACUCCUGUAACGCCAAAUAGUCUCCACUGGGCAACUAGAAUUUUUGACCAUUAAGGCUUUGCCUUCUUGCUUUGAUGUAAGUGGCCUCCGCUGGAUUGAUAUACAUGGCUUGUGUGCCCUGUUUUAAUGGAUCAGGACUUUCUGCCCGACGCAGGUUCACACACACACACAGCUUACACAAGAAAUGGAGAAAGCGAACAGCAUGUACCCAUGGCAAGCUAAACAUGGAUUCCUGCUGUGUGGAAGAGCACAUGCCGUACACACUUAA